AUGUCUACCAACAAUAAAAUUGUUGUAUUCACUGACGACUUGUCAGUACGCAAGGCCUUCUAUGGACUAUUGUAUAAUUCUACACGUACCGGCCUUAUAGCAGAUUCAACUACAAUGCAAGUUAUGGGUGUAUUGUCAAUCACUGAUUUCACUAUGGUGCUCAUGAUGUUGUGGAAAUUUCGAGAGAAUAUUGACGAGAUGAGAGGGAAACCGUUAAGUUACGAUGAGUUCAAAGGAAUGGAUAUAGCUAAUAUGAAGAUUAGUCGAUGGAAAGAGUUGCUGAAAAUGCGAGGAAUGCAGAGGGAAUUUAUAAGCGUCAAUUCAAACGAAAGCAUAUUUCAUGCAGUUGAAUUGCUUACCAAACAUCGUAUUCAUCGACUGCCAGUUCUGGAUCGGCGAUCCGGCGACUGUGUUUUUAUAUUAACACACCGGCGAAUUCUACAUUAUUUAUGGAAACAUUGCUCUUGUCUUUCACGACCCGAUUACAUGUAUGAAAGAGUAUCUGAUCUCAAAGUCGGGACCUACACGGGUAUACAUUAUGCCACUCGAGAUAUGACACUUCUUGAGGUGCUAGACAUGAUAAUAGACAACAGUAUUAGCGGUGUUCCUAUUGUCGACGAGUCAACGAUGAAGAUCGUCGAUGUUUACACUCGAUUCGAUGCGGUUGCUGCUGCUUUCUCGAGAACUAUCGACAUGUCUAUUACGGUUGAGGAAGCGAUACGGCAACGGCAAAGAAUAUGCGGUGAUCGUGACGGUGUGGUGACGGCACCAGAAGACGUGAAAAUGUUGGAUUUGGUUGAGACGUUUGUUGAGAAGAACGUACAACGUGUAUUUCUCGUCGACGAUUGUUUUAGGUUGAAGGCUCUUGUUUCACUCACUGACCUGAUUGUCUACAUGGUGCUGCGACCAGCCGUCGCUCUUCAAUGCUUGAAAGUGUCUUAG